CUAUUUUUAAUCGCGCACGUGGCGAAAAUAAUUUACCCGCCCAUACGCGGCAAGCGCGCUACUGUACGCUGUGGCCUUUGCAUGAUUGGUGUGCAGAGACGGCCACAGCAUUCCCUCAGGGAGUUCUCUAAUGCAGUAAAGGAAGAACGCGUUGAAUACUCGUGACAACAGCAGUGUUUUUGCCACAAAACAGCUGGGCUGGGACAGAGGAGAGCUCCUCUAGCUCAGUAACAUGGGCAUUCCAUGGAAGCCCACUGCUGCUCUCUUGCUACUACUGCACCUAGUGCACAGCGACUCUAACCUUCCUAAAAUUGAUGUAGAGGCAACAGUCAACUUCUUAGCACAAGUGGGGGUGACUCCUGGAGAGAAUGGAACUCUGCCGACCGCCCCUCUAUCAGGCACCACAGACUCUGCCGAAUGGCAACAGAUCAACUCUGACUUUCCCGUCGGGUUCGCCUUCCACGUACAGGCAGUCCUAGACAACUACAGUGGAGACCUGGCAUCGCUGAGCGGUGGCCAGCUGAGAAUUGCCCUCGACGGUGCGGGCUCUCUGCUGCAAGUCCUGACUUUGACGGUACCCGGAGUUUCGCCACUGGUGGCUGCAAUCCCGAGCUCGGAUCCUCCCGGCUCGCUCCAGUCUCUUGGAAUCAGCAUUGAGAGCAAGCUCCUCUCGGUUAUUGUCGACUGCCACAUCAUCACCUCAGUUUGGCUGGCCAACAUGCCGCAGCACUUUGACUUUUCGGGAGUGGAGGCCCUCAACCCUCUCACAGUCGUUAAGUCUGUCAUCUUCUCUAAUAAUGUGAGCGUAGCUCUAACUGGUUGCGCCGGACUCCAGGGUCCACCCGGACCGCCCGGUAUUCCAGGCCCAGAGGGACCUACUGGAAGAAGUGGUUACCCAGGAGAUCCAGGUCAGAAAGGAGAUACCGGUGUCACUGGAGAUCCUGGAGAUGAGGGAAGACAAGGAUUUCCUGGGAUAAAGGGAGAUUCAGGAUUUCCUGGAGAGCCUGGUGAUGAGGGAGAUGUUGGGGACAAGGGAGAGAGUGGAGAUGGGGGUGAUAUGGGAGAGAAGGGCACUGAUGGACCCAUGGGUGAAAUGGGGCAAAAAGGAGACAUGGGUGAUGUUGGUGAUCCAGGGAAUGAUGGAGUGAAUGGCACCGAAGGAGAUAAAGGAGAGAAGGGCAUCAAUGGCAGAGCUGGACUUCCAGGACCUCCAGGCCAAAUAGGACCUGAUGGAGAUAAAGGUGACUUGGGAGACCAAGGUAUCACUGGAAGAAUGGGACUUCCCGGAGAUCCAGGUGACGUGGGGAUAAAGGGGGAUGUUGGAGAAACCGGUGAAGAUGGUGACGUGGGAGAAAAGGGAGUGAAUGGAACUAAAGGAGACAUGGGAGUCAAAGGAGACGAGGGAGGUGUGGGACCUAAGGGACUGGAGGGUAACAAAGGAGGCAUGGGAGAGGUUGGUGAACCCGGCCGGGACGGAACAGAUGGCAGACUUGGCGUCCCUGGAAUACAGGGUCCCUCCGGUCCAAAAGGAGUGAUAGGUGUGAGGGGUCGAAUUGGUCAUCCUGGAGACCCUGGGCCCGACGGACAUGACGGGAUGAACGGAAUGAAAGGGGAUUCUGGAGACCCGGGCAGACCAGGAAAAUCGGGCAUUCCUGGACAAGAUGGUAAACCAGGUUAUCCUGGACUCCCAGGGAGACAGGGCCAGCCUGGGAUGAAGGGAGAUGAUGGUGAGAAAGGAGAUGAUGGAAUGGAUGGAGACAAAGGAUUCCCUGGAAAAGGAGGUCCAAAGGGUAUUCCGGGACGCAAAGGGCCACCUGGAGCGCCAGGAGAGGAUGGAAGCAUAGGAGAGGAUGGAGAGGAUGGUGUACCAGGAGAGAAUGGCACAAAGGGAGAGAAGGGUAUUGGUGGAAGACAAGGAAGUCCAGGAGAUGAUGGUGAUAAAGGAGACAUGGGUCAAAAGGGAGACAACGGGACCAUUGGAAGAACAGGACUCCCAGGAGAGAGAGUAUGUUGAUUUCUCAUAAACUGUGUGCACAGACACAAUUGGCUAUUUUAUGUGCCAUUGUAGGGAGACAUUGGAGAUAUGGGAAAUAAAGGUGAAAUGGGACAGAAAGGGAUGAUGGGAGAUGAAGGACAAAAAGGAAUCAAUGGGAGCCAGGGAGUAAAGGGAACAAAGGGACUAAAAGGAAUCAUUGGCAUGAAGGGGGAGAUGGGAAUGAAAGGUGACGCAGGACCUUUUGGUGACAAAGGAGAACCAGGACCCAAGGGAAACGUUGGCCCUACCGGAGCACCUGGACUUGUGGGUGACAUGGGUAUGACAGGCAUGAUGGGUCAAAAGGGAGAUGUUGGAGACACUGGCCAAGAUGGAGAUAUGGGAGAUAAUGGAGAAAUAGGAGACGUUGGUGACAUUGGAGAUCCUGGACCUAAUGGUUUGGACGGUACUCCCGGCAUGGACGGCAGAAACGGUACAAACGGAGGUGCCGGUUUCCCAGGAGAUGAUGGUCCGAAAGGAACUGCUGGAAGAAAUGGCACCGAUGGAGAAAUUGGAGAUGAGGGGAAGAUGGGUGCAAAGGGUGCCAAAGGAGGGAUGGGAGACAGAGGUGACCCUGGGAUAGAAGGGGACAUAGGAUCAACAGGAGGCAGAGGAGAAAUUGGUGAGAUAGGUAACCAGGGUUCCGCUGGAGAUUCUGGACCAGGCGGCCCUAUUGGUGCCAAAGGAGGGGAGGGUAACAGGGGCUCAGAAGGUCCAAUGGGACCCAAGGGUGUGGCGGGGCCCAAAGGAAUAGCAGGUGAACAAGGUCCUACUGGAAAACCGGGAGACAAGGGUGACAGCGGAGUAAAUGGAAUGAAAGGUAUUGCGGGAGUCGAUGGAAGAUCUGGUGUCCCUGGACAAAAGGGAAUGGAAGGUGCAACUGGUAUGACGGGUGAUCAGGGACAGACAGGUCGCGCAGGAGCCCUGGAGCUAAUGGAGUGGAUGGGGCAAAGGGUGGAGUUGGAGACAUCGGGAACAUGGGAAAGAAGGGUGAAAAUGGAACUGAUGGAAUGAAAGGAGAAGAUGGUGAUCCUGGUGUACCUGGCAGAAAGGGACCUCCCGGAAUGACGGGAGAGAAGGGUGACCUGGGCCCAAGGGGUCCACGGGGAAUUGUUGGAGAUAAGGGACUGCAGGGUGUGUCUGGCCCGCCUGGAGACGAGGGACCAACUGGAGAUACGGGAGUGAUUGGACCAGGAGGAGUUGUAGGACCAACGGGAAUAGUGGGAAUUGUUGGCAUGGUCGGACCAAAGGGAGAGGAAGGUUUUCCUGGUUACCCUGGCAAGCAGGGUCGUCCUGGUGACCCAGGGGAAGAGGGAGACGACGGGCAGAAGGGUGACAAUGGACUCAAGGGCAUGAAAGGAGACAUGGGACACCCUGGGAAGCCAGGGACGCCGGGAACGAAUGGAACUGAUGGGGAAAAGGGAGAAGAUGGAGAAAAAGGAGAAGUGGGGGAUAAGGGGCUCAUGGGGAUGAUGGGGGACGAAGGACUGGAAGGAGAGAACGGAACUACUGGAGAGCCUGGAUUUGAGGGUCGUGCUGGUGUCCCUGGUCCUGACGGGGACGAGGGAAUGAACGGCGACAGAGGAGCCAAGGGAGAGCCUGGCGUCCCCGGACGAGUGGGUGACCCCGGCACCCCUGGUAUCCCUGGCAUGAACGGAGCCCCUGGUGAUAUGGGUGACCCCGGGGAUAUGGGCUUCCCCGGCAAGACGGGGCCCAAGGGAAUGAGGGGGCAGAAAGGAGAACCUGGACAGCCCGGAGAAGAUGGACGUAAUGGCACUAAUGGAAUCAUUGGACCACCUGGAGAGAAGGGCAGCGGUGGUAGAACAGGAGUGCCUGGUGACCCUGGGGUCCCUGGGAAGACGGGCAUGCCUGGACCCACCGGCCCACUUGGUGAUGAUGGGAUCCCUGGAACUGACGGAGAGAAUGGAACUGAUGGGACACCCGGCAACAGAGGCGAUAUUGGUGACACGGGAGACAAAGGGAUGGUGGGAGACCAGGGGCCACCAGGAUCUCCUGACAAUGUUGACCCCGAAGAUGGCCGUGGUAUGCAAGGUGACAAAGGUGAAAAAGGCACUGUGGGGUUAAAGGGAAUGAGAGGACCUAAAGGUGACAACGGAACAAUUGGUGAUGAGGGAUACCAAGGACCUCCCGGGGAUCAAGGUGAUAAGGGUGUGAAUGGAAGUAUGGGAAUGACUGGAGACGAGGGACCAAAGGGGUUCCAGGGAGAGGAAGGAGACAAGGGUGUCAAAGGAGGAGUUGGAGUGAAAGGUGAGAACGGCAUGAUUGGUGACGACGGAUUCAGAGGGGAAAAGGGCACAAAGGGAGAAAAAGGAAUCAUUGGUAUAGAGGGAGAAAUGGGAGAGAAGGGAGUCAAUGGGUCGAUGGGGGACAAGGGGGAACAGGGUGACCCUGGAAUAAUGGGAGAGAAAGGUUUUGCCGGGAGAAAGGGGCCUCCUGGACCAGAGGGACCAAUUGGAGGGAAACACAUCAACAUCUAUGAGACGUUUGACGAUUUGAUAGCUUCGUGUGAUGAGAACGAGACUCCGCCCACUGAUGGCUGCCUGGCCUUUGUCCGCAACACCCGAUUCGUCUACAUCCAGUUGCCAGGAGACACCUGUGACUGGGUGCCUUGGGAGGGUCCAAUAAAACUACCUGGACCUCCAGGACCUCCAGGACUGAUUGGACCCAAAGGAAAAAUGGGAGUCAAGGGAAUGGAGGGGGAGAAAGGUCAAAAGGGUAUUGCCAACCUUGAUGGAGGAGUGGGUCGAAAGGGUCAGCAAGGAGACAUGGGUCUUAAGGGGCUACAAGGAAGUAAGGGCCUGGAAGGAGACAAGGGUGACAAAGGAAUCAGAGGUCCACCAGGUGACCAAGGAGAGAGAGGACCCGAGGGAGAUAUGGGAGACAAGGGUCCUAAAGGACGAGUUGGCUUUGAUGGAAGCGACGGAACUCCUGGUGACAAAGGUCAAAAAGGAGAAAUUGGUCCCAUAGGAGACAAAGGAAAAGAGGGAGAACAAGGUCCUCAAGGUGUUAAGGGUGUAAAGGGAGAAGAGGGAGGUCCAGGGUUGAUUGGUAACAAAGGAAAGAAGGGAGACCAAGGAGAUCAGGGUCAGAAAGGGGACAUGGGGGACAAGGGGAACAAAGGUGAACAGGGAGACGACGGUAUGCAAGGUCCUCGGGGAGACAAAGGAGAGAUUGGGUCAGGAGGAGACGAUGGCCCUACGGGAGAUACAGGUCCUCUAGGAGAGAAGGGAUAUCCUGGUAGAGAUGGAGAUCAUGGAGACCCUGGUCCUGAGGGACCCACCGGUCCUGCAGGCCCUGUUGGCCCCACUGGUCCCCCAGGUUCUAUAGGAGAGGAUGGAAAACUGGGAGAACCAGGUAUUAAUGGAACAGAUGGUGACAUGGGAGAAAAGGGAAUCAAUGGAAGACAAGGCAGGCCUGGAAAGCCUGGUAGAGAUGGCUAUGACGGUCGCAAUGGAACAGACGGACUUGUUGGAGCAGAUGGAAAGAAGGGCAUCACAGGCGAGAAAGGAUACUCUGGAAGGAAAGGUGUGAGAGGCCGAAUUGGAGAACCCGGAGAAUUUGGUGACCCGGGCCUGCCUGGAGAUGAAGGUCCUACUGGUACAACCGGACCUAGAGGACCCAAAGGACACCCAGCACAAGAUGGUGUGAAGGGAGCCAUGGGGGAGAAAGGCAGACUGGGCAUUACCGGGGAAGAUGGAAAAAAAGGAGUGAAAGGAAUGAUGGGUGACAAGGGACUUGUGGGAUUCCCUGGAGAUCUAGGGCCAAUGGGAGAGAAGGGCAUAACGGGACAAAUGGGAUUUGAUGGCGAUGUUGGAAGCACAGGCAUUGUAGGAGAAAAGGGUAUGAUGGGUGAUGUGGGUGAUACCGGCAUGGAUGGUGAUAUGGGACGGAGUGGCAGUGUUGGAGACAAGGGUAUGAUGGGUCCGAAAGGUGUGAUUGGCGUCAAGGGACAAAAGGGAGAAGUUGGGGAAGUGGGAUCUGGAGGAGACACUGGAUUCCGAGGAGAGAAAGGAGACAAUGGUACAGUCGGUGACAAAGGAGACAAGGGUAUGAACGGAGAUGAUGGGAUGAAGGGAGAAAAGGGACAUCCUGGGUCAAAGGGACCGAAUGGCAAGAAAGGAUCACCUGGCGUAAGUGGCACUGAUGGUGUGGAUGGAACAGACGGCGUUCCUGGCACUAAUGGACCACGAGGUCUGAAAGGAGAAAUGGGUCCAGCAGGCACACCUGGUGAUGAUGGUGUGGAUGGAGAUAAAGGAGCCAUGGGCAAAGAAGGAGAACUUGUGAGUGACAACCACUGUACUCUAGCAUUGGCAAUUCAUGUGCGUCAAGAUUUCACAUUAAUUAGCAACAUACUGUCU